AUGUCAGGACUUGGGGCUGGAAACGGUAAUGAAAAACGCGCUGGCCACUGGGGACCACGUCAGCCCCCAAAUCUUGAUCCUAAUCAUGAGUGGGCUGCACUUCGCCGUCGUUAUGAAUGGAAUGACUCUUAUGAUGAAGGUGUUGCACCAAGAGAUGAACAGUUGGAAGCAGAACUUUUCGGAGAAGACAACCACGUACAUACUGGUAUUAACUUCGCGAAAUAUGAUAGCAUAAAAGUGUCCGUUAAGGGCAAAAAUAUAAAUCCCAUAUCCACGUUUGAAGAAGCCAAUCUUCAUCCAGCUAUGAAAGAGAACGUCCGAUUGGCACGAUAUCAAGUUCCUACACCAGUCCAGGUAUUGUAG